CGCCGUGCGGGCCCGCCUGGCCAGGAAGGUGCUGCCCAGGCUGGGCGAGCAGGGGCUCGUGGAGUACGGCGUGCCCUUGCCCUCGUCCGGCCACUGCCGCGGGCCCUGCCCGCCGCCCGGCGCCGACACCGAGUGGCUGCUGAUGGGCAGCAGGAGCCGGAGCGCGCACGGGCUCUGCGCGCACCCCGGCGAUGCGCUGCACGGCCCCGCCUGUGCCCAGCGGGGACUGAGCCCCAGGAGGGUCCUGAGCGCCGGCAGAGGCAAAAGCAAGCUGCCCUGGGAGAACGAGCCGGCUGCGGACAGGGAAGGUGGCUCGGGGGUGAGGAUGCCCGUCGCGAAGGGUGUGGAGCAGGAUUCCAUCAUGGGUCACUCUCAAGGGCUGUGCUUUGAUAACCAAGUUACCAAUUCCUGUGGUGGAUGGAUUCAGCUGCGGCCCUCGCAGGGGAUCCCAGGCAGUGGUGAGCUGCUUUUCAGCAGGAGCAGAGCUUCCAGGACUUUAUUCCAGCCCGCUGUGGAGCUGACCUCUGAGCACUCUGCCCUUGGUGCUGGUGCUCUGGGCUCUCAUCAGCCCCAGAUUUCAGGGAAAUGUGGCACACUUGGAUACCCACGUGGGAGGAGUGGCAGUGUGGGCUCUGAUUUGCAGUUUUUGGGACUGAAUAACUGGCAGCAGGACAAAGUUUGUUCCAGCCUCAGCUUUUCCAGCAAGACCCAAAGAAGUUUUUGCACUCAGGCAGAGCCCACCAUGUCCUUCCAAGGUCCCAGUGCCAGCCAGGGCACCUUCAUCCUGCCCUCCUUCCCCCUGUCAUCCCCCAGGAACAGCCCCAAGCACCUCUCUGCUCCUGCUGCCUCUGCAGGGAAGUCCCAGGAGGAUCCCAGGAGCCUCUCCAGCUCCUGGCCUCUCAAAAGCUUCCAGGGGCUGCCUAAGCCUGGUGGCCAGAAGCAGCUGCUCAGCCAAAAGCCAGGAGACAGCACAGGGGACAGCCCGCUGGAGAAGCCCCCCCUGCAGCUGGAGAAGCAUUCCCUGCAGCUGGAGAAGCCCCCCCUGCAGCUGAGGGCUGCCCUGGGCAGGGCCCAGGGGCUGCGGGGGGCCCGGCCCGUGCCCCCCAUCCCGCGCCUGCCCAGCCCCCGGGAGCCCCCUGGCAGCAGGGAGGGCACGGAGCUGGCAGCAGGGCUGGCAGAGCUGCACCUGGAGCCCGAGGAGGUGGACCAAGAAGAGAUGCAGAAUUCCCUGAGGUCCCUGCGGAGCAGCGCCGCCAAGAAGAGGGCAAAGCUGAGCAGCAGCAUGGCGGAGCUGGAGAGCCCCGACUCUGCGGUGAAACUGGAAUUUCCCGGGGACUGCCCCUCCCUGGGCUCCUCUCCCGGCGCCGCCUCCACCGGCGAGAGCGGAAUUUCCAGCCAGGAGUCCCUGGGCUCCCCCGUGGCCGCGCUGCCCCCCAGGAGGAGAGUGAUGUCAGACACUUUUCCUGCACUUGGCAGCAAAUCCCAUCCUGCAAAGCCAUCUCCAGCAAGGCCCAGAGACACAGAGGGGGCAGAGCAUCCCUCCAGCACAGGCCCUGCAGAGUCAGUGCCUGGUUUUGCACCAAAGGAUGAUCUGGGUUUCACAUCUGAAGACGCUGCUGUUGUUGGCAAAGGUGUUUUUGGGAGCCCUCCUGCCCCAGCUGCCAGCCAGUCCAUGCCCUGUGUGCCCAAUGGGGAUGUCCAGGGUGCCAGGGAGGGAGCAGAGGCAGCCCCAGGGAGAAGCUUCCAGCAGAACAGCCCUUCCCAUUCCUGCUCCCAUGCAGGGAAGGAAGGAGAGAUAAAAGUGACCUUGUCAAAAUCUGCUCAGGAGAAGCUGAGGAGGAAGAGGAAAGAAGGCAAAGAACACAACCAUAAAGAGCAGCAGGAAGGCAAAGACUUGGAAGGGAAAGAGGAAUUCCCUUGGGAAAGGAUUAGACUGAGUAUGAGUGAGCCAGAGAAACUCACAGCAGAAAGUGAGGAUGAGGGGUUUAGUCUCUGUGGGGAUUUACUGACAUCGCCAAGAAAUGGAUCUUUGUCCUUAGAAAACGUGGCCUUGAACCCUUCCCUGAAAAGAACAUCCAGUUUGAAGAGGUCAAAGUGUUCAUCCUUGCUAGAUUCUGAGGCGCCGGUGACACAGAGCCCCGAGGUGCUGGACCCGGCCGAGCUGCUGCCCUUCCCCCGGCCCGAGCCCGCCCUGGCAGAGGCGCUGGCACUGCUGGCUGACCACGACUGGGAGAAGAAAAUUGAAGGUCUGAACUUUGUCAGGUGCUUGUCUGCCUACCAUGCCCCUAUUCUGACUGCAAAGCUCCACGAAACAACUCUGGCUGUGGCUCAAGAGGUCAAGAAUUUACGCUCAGGUGUUUCUCGAGCUGCUGUGGUCUGUUUAGGGGAUUUGUUCACCCACCUGAAAAAGAGCAUGGAUCAAGAACUAGAUAAUGCAGUAAAAGUCCUUUUGCACAAAGCUGGGGAAUCCAACACUUUUAUAAGGGAAGAGGUAGACAAGGCACUGAAGGCCAUGGUUAAUAAUGUGACUCCAGCACGUGCACUUUGUUCUCUUAUAAAUGGAGGGCAAAGCCACCUGCACUCGGCCGUGAGGAGAUGCACGGCCCAGCACCUGGGGGACAUCGUGGAGCGCCUGGGCCCCGAGCGCGUCCUGGCCGGCGGCCGGCCCGUGGCCGAGAGGCUGCUGCCUGCCAUCGCCAGGUUUGCACAGGACAGCUCCCAGCAAACACGGUACUAUGGGAGGAGGAUGCUCUUCAGCAUGAUGGCUCAUCCUGACUUGGAUAAAAUCCUGGAGAAGUUUGUGCCACCCAAGGAUUUGCCUUACAUUAAGGAAACUGUUGGCAGCCUACGAGAGAAGGGCCUGGGGGAGAUGCCCUUGGAUACACCCUCAGCCAAAGGAAGGCGUUCCCAGACUGGAAAUGUUGGACAUUUGAGGUCAUCCUCUACUUGCAGAGAUGCUGCCAUCAUCCCAGACAGGGACAGCACGGAGAGCCACGAGGCCCCACGGAGAGCAGCUCCUCGCAGUGCCCUGGAGAGUGAGGAGUACGUCAGGGACAUGGUGGGGUUACUGAACGCCAAAGAUUUCCGGGAGCGCAUCCGCGGCGUGCGGCAGCUGCUGCUGGACACGGAGAGCAGCCCGGCGCUGGUGCUCGCCAACAUCGUCAGGAUCUUUGAUGCUUUCAAGCCUCGCUUACACGACUCCAACAGCAAAGUGACCCAGGUGGCUUUGGAGGCCAUGCACAAGAUGAUUCCACUGCUCAAAGACAAUUUGUCACCUGUGAUCAACAUGUUAAUUCCUGCCAUAGUGGACAACAACCUCAACUCCAAAAAUCCAGGGAUUUAUGCAGCUGCCACAAAUGUGAUCCAGGCUCUAUGUCGACACUUAGACACCUCCCUGCUCCUGCAGCCAUUCUGCACAAAAGCCCAGUUCCUGAGUGGAAAAGCAAAGCAGGACCUGACAGAAAAGCUGGCUGAGCUGGUGCCGGAGCUGUACCCUCGCAAGCCGUGUGCCGUGGAGCAGAAGGUGCUGCCCGUGCUGUGGCACCUGCUGGGCAGCUCUGCCAGCGGCGGCUCGGUGCCCGGCCCCCGCACGGCCGCGGCCGCCUUGGCGCGGGCCCUGUGGGCACAGAUGGGCCCCGGCCUGCUCGCCCACGCCGCGGCCCAGCCGCCGCACAUCAGCAAGAGCCUGGAGGAGCUUUUGGAGACGGGAACGUAAAAUCGUCGAAUGGCCGUCCCCGCAGGUGAAGCUCCAGCGCCGCCUGAGCCGGGCAUGCGGACGGCGCUGCCGGGACGGGGCGGGAACGGCCCCCGAGCUGGGCACGGUGCCUGAGGGAGCCGGGACAGCCCCGGAGCCGGGCUGGGCUGGACUGCACCGGGAGAGACACCGGAGCCAGGCUGGGAGAGCCUGGGGAGCUGAACUGGGCUCUGCUGGGCCGGCCUGAGGGUCUGAACCGGGCUGUGCUGGGCCGGCCUGAGGCUCUGAACCGGGCUCUGCUGGGCCGGCCUGAGGGUCUGAACCGGGCUCUGCUGGGCCGGCCUGAGGGUCUGAACCGGGCUGUGCUGGGCCGGCCUGCAGGGCUGAGCAGGGACAGCGUGCAGGACUGAGCUGGGCCGUGCUGGGGGAGCUGUGCUGGGCAGGGUGGGGCCGGCUCCCCUCACUGUCACCAGCAUGGCCGUGGAGGAGCCGCUCCAGCCCAUCUGUGCUUCCCUCCAGAGGCUCCAGCCCGGGACCUGGCCCUGGAUUGCCCGUGAAGAGCGCACGGUCACAUCAGCACUGCGCUUUACAUGGAGAAGUGGAAGAGAGUCCUGGACACAGUGAUGCAGUGCUGUUUGUGAAAAACAUGUAUUUUUGUACCCCCAGAGGCAGUGGUGCAGUAUUUGUUGUCUCAGGGCUGGGCAGUGGGGAGAAUGAACCCUGACCCUUCUUCUCCAGCUGCAGGCUCUGGACACAUUGGACAUGGGACACAAUGGGAUAUAUAAAUAAAGGGAUUUAUUUCUGUA